UAGUUGACGGCCACCUACAGUGCUACUAAUCCUUUUCUUCAACCAUGUCAGAGGGUACAUCACAAUUACCUAUUGUUCCAGAAUGUAUGAGACCCGACGACCCCUCAGCUGCAGACCCCGCCCGCCUGCGCGUGUCAGCACUGAAACGAUCAUUCUUCAAGCUACCUCGGAUUUUCAAAGCGAGACGUCGGAAAACAAGUGAUGUAAAACAUACGCAUGCAGUAGAGACAGCGUCCUCUAGUAGGAUUUCUCUACCACGCUCAUCCCGCGACAUGGAGGCAGAAGAAGACGACCUUUACCCUUUAGACCUCGAUGACCAUCUAUUAGUCAAUGGGAAACUCGAGGAAGAUCAUGACAAAGACGUUUACAGAUGGGCCCUUCUGUACGAAAACCAGCGAGGAGCGACUGUAUUCUCCACACCAUACUACUCGGACAAGUCUCUGCUGCCGAUGGAUCCUCCUCCCUUCACCAUUCCGUCCGCAUCACCAUCUUCAAAAGUUAGCCAACCUACAGUAUCCCUCAAGGAAUACCCUCUUCCGGAUGGUGAUUGGCGUUGGGUCUCACGCACUUGGAUGGUUGACAUGCGUGGAGAAGGCCGAACACAGUACGAUGGCUUUGAGUACAAUUGGUAUUUCCGGGGCAAGAAUUGGCGUUCUGAGGUUGGCUUUCAGAACGCAGGAGGAUGGGUGCGAAGAAGGCGGUGGGUUCGUUUGAUGAUGCGUCCAGCAAGAGGGACAUUGUAUAAGGAAGCAGAGGAAGGCAAGUUUCCAGGAGAAUACCCUGAAGCAGAGGAAGGUGUUGGCACCCGACCACCAUCAGUCGUAAUGCGAAUCGACGUUAACGAAAACGUUGAUUUCGACGAUGUUUGGCACGGAGAUGACGAGGAUUGGACAAGGUGCCGAAUUGUCAUGAAGCGCCUUGGCCGCGACUCAAGAUUACUAGAACUCUGGGCGCAAUGGCUUGGUCUCGAGGACGAUGAAGUAUUCUCCGCGGAUAGUGAGAGCCGAUGCAAUGGGCGACAGCCUAGAAAACAACGGACCGGAGACUCUCAGCUGCUUCCGUCACAACCUAUCCAGGACGAAACAAACCCUAAGAUGGCUGAAAGUGUUGAUAGGUCGCAACUUGCUAACGUUGUAGCGGCGCAUUACCCUGAGAUUCUUCAGCUUUUCAUAUUCCCGGAAUCUCGCGCCAGGUUCUUGGCCAUGCUCAAAAGGGCGAACAUCCUGCCUGAACUGGACGAGAAGAUCGCGCGGGACAAUCUGGACUUUUGGAGCUAUUCGGACAUUUAAGUUAGGUGCAUUCUUGGACAAUCUUCUGCUUUUCGUGCUCCCAUCUGGAAUUGCUCUCUUUCUAUAUACUGUAUACCUGCUAUCAUCUGGUGUGGAUUUUAAUGGUUCUCUAAGAUCAAACCACAACGACUGCC